AGAGCACCAACGUGCAUUGCACCAUUUGAAGUGAAGUUGCAAAGCCUGCUUUGUCUGAUAAAUACGAGCGUCUCCAGUAGUCUGAAGCGGAAAAAUGGGUCGAAGAAAAUCUAAGAGGAAGGCUCCACCAAAAAAGAGAAUGACAGGACCGCUGGACACCCAAUUCACCUGCCCGUUCUGUAACCACGAGAAGUCCUGCGAAGUCAAACUGGAUCGUCAGCGGAAUACAGGACUCAUCACCUGCAGAGUGUGCCUGGAGGAUUUCCAGACUCCCAUAAACUGUCAGUCCCUUUCACCAGUGUAUUUACUCUCCUCAGGUUUUGUUUAUCAACAGAUUUGUCAGAAGCUGUAGAUGUGUAUAGUGAUUGGGUGGAUGCCUGUGAGUCAGCCAAUACCACCUAGCAGAUGCCCCUGUCAUCAAUCUUCAUACCAUGGCACCACACACCCCCCAUUUGAUUGCUCUGUUUUGUGUGUUUUUAACAAGAGAUGGUUGUAUGUUAUACAGUCUGAACCAAGUUUAGAAACCUUCAUCUAUAUAUAUACAGUGCUAGACACUAAG